AUGGAGGCCGCUUCUGCUCGCGCCGCGGCUCGCGACCGCUGGGGCGAUUUGCCAUCGUCCAGCCGAACCCCCUCCCAGCUCCAGCGCUUCGUCCAGGCUGCCUGCAGUCCCGAGAACUACGAACCCAAUCUCGCUCUGAGCCUCGAAAUUGCCGAUCUUAUAAACUCCAAGAAAGGCUCUGCUCCUCGUGAGGCUGCUACUGCCAUCGUCAACUACAUUAAUCAUCGCAAUCCCAACGUUGCCCUGCUCGCCAUCGGGCUUCUCGAUAUUUGCGUCAAGAACUGCGGUUACCCCUUUCAUCUACAGAUCGGUACCAAAGAGUUCCUUAAUGAACUUGUCAGGAGAUUCCCCGAGCGUCCGCCAAUGCGACCUACACGGGUCCAGGCAAAGAUCCUCGAAGCGAUUGAAGAAUGGCGAGGGACGAUAUGUGAAACAAGCCGAUACAAGGAGGACCUAGGGUUUAUCAGGGAUAUGCACCGGUUGCUGAGUUAUAAGGGAUAUGUCUUUCCCGAAGUGCGAAGGGAAGAUGCUGCUGUUCUAAAUCCAAGCGACAACCUCAAAUCUGCUGAAGAAAUGGAGGAAGAGGAGCGAGAGGCUCAAUCAGCCAAGCUUCAAGAGCUCAUUCGACGCGGUACCCCUGAGGACCUUCAAGAAGCCAACCGCCUCAUGAAGAUCAUGGCUGGCUACGACACACGAUCAAAGACUGACUACCGUGCAAAGGCUGCCGAGGAGGUUGCCAAGAUCCAAGCCAAGGCACGAUUACUGGAGGAGCGACUCGACUCUUUCAAGGCAGGCGACACGAUGGAAGAUGGCGAUGUUUUCAGCGAAUUAGCUUCUGCCUUGCAAAGCGCACAGCCCAAGAUCCAGAAGAUGUGUGAAGAGGAAUCCGACGAUCAUGAGGCCGUUGCCAAACUCUUGGAGAUAAACGAUAGCAUACACCGGACAGCCGAACGGUACAAGAUGAUGAAAAAGGGCGACAUGGAGGGCGCUGCCAAGGUUGCUGCCGGCGCUCCUCCUCCGUCUUCGUCCGGGACUGCAGCCGCAUCUUCAAGUGCAGCAAAUGAGCUAUCGCUUAUCGACUUUGAUGCCGAUGCCAGCAACGGUGCUCAGUCAGGCAAUACUCCUGCUCCUGCUCCCAGCGCUGGAGGUCUUGAGAACGAUCUCCUUGGUCUCGAUAUCGGUGGAGACUCUGGCAGCUUUGGCCAGGGCGGCGGCAUUGCUCUAGGCUUCGGUGCCAACCAAAACAUCCCGGGCCCUGCGCUUCUAUCUUCUAUGACCCAAGAUAACUCUGCCAGAGGUCAGGUGUCGACUCCAACUCCUCCCUCCUUUUCACAAUUCGCCUCUUUCUCGCAGCCAGUCUCCCAAUCAACCACCCCUCAACCUCCUCUUCAACAACAGCCUGCUCCUCCAUCGCAACCUGCUUCUGACCCCUUUGCUAUGCUCGGCGCUGGAAGCAUGAGCUCUCAGCGUGCAUCUCCUGCGCCACCUCAGCAACAGCCCGCUGCAGCUUCAAAUGACGAUGAUGAAUGGAGCUUCUCUUCAGCAUUGCCACCAGAGCCUAGCAAGCCCAAGGAGCACCAGGCUACUGUUAGCAACACAAACGUCAAGGUUGAGAUGAUUGCCAGAAGGGCUCCUGGUAACGAGAACGCUAUCAACAUCAUCUUUGCCUUCUCCAACAAUGUACCACAGCCUAUUAGCGAGCUUCACUUCCAGCUCGCUGGCUACGAACUCCAGCUCAAGCCCCAAACCGGCCGUGACCUUGCCCCGCAGCAGAGCCGCGGUAUCACCCAAGAAGUGCAGAUUUGGCACGCCGGAAAUCGUACCCAAAAGGUCACAAGUGCCAAACUGAGGUGGCGCGCCUCCUACAAGUUGAGCGAGCAAGCCGUUAAUGAGAUGGGCGAGGUGACCGAGUUCAGCCUCGCAUGA